UCAUUGGCCAGUUGACACAUGGGUGUGGCUGUGUUCUAAUUUUGUAGGAAGCAUAUUGAAUGGUUUCAAAUCAGCGUUUUUAUAGACGAUAUCCGAAACUACCUGUAAUAAUUGAUGGACAUGGAUUACACAGCAACCCAAAGUGGGUUCAGACAGCGUAAGUUAUGUACGUUGAUCAAAGUAUUGGUAAGAUGUCUUGCUUUUUGGCCUAGAAAUCUAGCUAACUAGUUAGCUAACCGGCAUGCUAACAGCUAGCUAACCCACUCGAUGGCUGCUCUGUAAGACAAAGCUAACCUAACUACCUGGCAAAUGUAGCUGACUAACUUUUUUUUUUGUCAUAUGCGGUGUGUUAUCAAUCAUAACAGCUAACGUCUUUGUUGCACAAGACUGAGCUAGCUAGCUAGCUAGCUGGCUGUUAGCCACGUCAUUAGAUAACGUCACCAGUUAGAUUGUCAUAUUCCAUGUAGACAGAGAACCUGAAACAUGUCUGAUCAACCUCGGGCUACAUUAUUCAGGUUUAGGUUAGUAGGUCGCGCUAUUCGCUCUCUAGAGUUACGUUUCCAAACCUUUACGUACUGCCCGCAUUGCUUCAAAAUUGGGACAUGGGACUGUGCCUCUGGUUAUGUUAGCUAACGUUAGCUUCGUGUUGGUCUCUGUCCAGUGUCCAAUCAGAACAUGUACCCAGGACAGAGCUACAGUAGCUAACUUCUGAAAGUAUUCAUACACUACAUUUACAUUUUGUAAUUUAGCACCCAUUGCUUGUUCCACAUUUUGUUGUUACAUCCUGAAUUCAAAAUGGAUUCAAUAUUAAUUGUUUCACCCAUCUACACACAAAACCCCACAAUGACAAAGUGAAAACAUGUUUAUAGAAAUUGUUGCUAAUUUAUUGAAAAUAAAAUACAGAAAUAUCUAAUUUACAUACGUAUUCACACCCCUGAGUUAAUACUAUGUAGAAUAAGCACCUUUGGUGGUGAUUACAGCUGUGAGUCUUUUGGGGUAAGUCUCUAAGAGCUUUGCACACCUGGAUUGUACAAUAUUUGCCCAUUAUUCUUUUUUUAAUUCUUCAAACUCUGUCAAGUUGAUUGUUGAUUAUAAUUAGACAGACAUUUAAGUCUUGCCAUAGAUUUUCAAGCCAAUUUAAGUCAAAACUGUAACUGGCCACUCAGGAACAUUAAAUAAUAAUAAUAAUAAUAAUAAUAAUAUGCCAUUUAGCAGACGCUUUUAGCCAAAGCGACUUACAGUCAUGCGUGCAUACAUUUGUGUAUGGGUGGUCCCGGGGAUCGAACCCACUACCUUGGCGUUACAAGCGCCGUGCUCUACCAGCUGAGCUACAGAGGACCACGAAUGUCAUCUUUGUAUGAAACUCCAGUGUAGAUUCGGCCUUGUGUUUUAGGUUAUUGUCCUACUGAAAGGUGAAUUUGUCUUCCGGUGUUUGUUGGAAAGCAGACUGAACCAGGUUUUCCUCUGGGAUUUUGCCUGUGCUUAGAGCUGUAUUCCGUUACUUUUAAUCCCCCAAAACUCCCUAGUCCUUGCCGAUGACAAGCAUACCCAUAACAUGAUGCAGCCAUCACCAUGCUUGAAAAUAUGAAGAGUGGUACUCAGCGAUGUGUUGUAUUUGCCCCAAACAUAACACUUUGUAUUCAGGACAAAAAGUUCAUUUUUCUUUGCCUUGUUGCAAACAGGAUACAUGUUUUGAAAUAUUUUAUUAUUGUACGCAGGCUCUUAUUUUCACACUGUCAAUUAGGUUAGUAUUGUGGACUAACUACAAUGUUGUUGAUCCAUCCUCAGUUUUCUCAUAUCACAACCAUAUAAAUGUUUUAAAAUCACCAUUGGCCUCAUGGUGAAAUCCCUGAGCAGUUUCCUUCCUCUCCGGCAACUGAGUUAGGAAGGACGCAUGUAUCUUUGUACUGACUGAGUGUAUUGAUACACCAUCCAAAGCCUAAUUAAUAACUUCACCAUGCUCAAAUGGAUAUUCACGUCUGCUUUUGUUAUUUUUACACAUCUACCAAUCGGUGCCAUUUUUUGCGAGGCUUUGAAAAAGCUCUGGGGUCUUUGUGGUUGGAUCUGUACUUGAAAUUCACUACUAGAUUUGGGGUACCUUACAGAUAAUUGUAUGUGUUGGGUACAGAGAUGGGGUAGUUAUUAAAAAACCAUGUUAACUACUAUUAUUGAACAGGGAAUGAGUCCAUGCAACUUAUGUGAUUUGUUAAGCACAUUUUUACUCCUGAACUUAUUUAGGCUUGCCAUAACAGAGUCAAUGCUUAUUGACUCUAGGCAUUUCAGCUUUUUUUAUACAUUUCUGAAGUAAAAUUCCACUGACAUUAUGGGGUAUUGUGUGUGUAUAUCAGUGACACAAAAUCACAAUUUAAUACAUUUUUUAUUCAGGCUGUAACACAAUAAAAUGUGGUAAAAGUAAAGAGGUGUAAAUACUUUCUGAAGGCAUUGUACUUGCUAAAGUUACUGACACCGCUGUGGUAAGUCCAACAAUGGCCUACUACUGGGUGUCCCAACUUGGCAGCAUCUUGUGCAAUUAAACUUGAGAUUUGUAAGACCUGAUGGCUGACUUCCUGGACGGCUCCAUAAUAAGCAUAGGUAGUACUAGUGACUGAGUUGGUGAUUCAUUCUGCUCAAUAAUACUAAUUAUAGCAAGUGCUCUAUGAUAGAGCGCCUUAUCUCUCAAGAACCCUAGGUAACCAUGAGCCGGUGGGGGUCGGUUGGGCUCACUUGGGCCGACGAUGUCUCAUAGUGAUUUUUUUGAAGGUCUAUGUCCCUAGAGUUGGAAAAUGUGUGAUAGCAGUGCAGCAAUGGUAGCUUUCUGUGUGUUGACACUCUACAAUUCCAUGUAAUGGGGCAGCUAUGUUUUUGGAUUGUUACUUUGGUUAUCGAGGCACCAAAUUGCACAAACACAGCAAGGACAGGGGUUUAAAAAGAUUGGUAGAUACGGGGCCAUUACAGAAUUCAUGCAUUAACCCCACAUUUCGCAUGACCAUACCUGUAUGAAAUAUAAUUGUAGUAUGCAAAUGUUCAGAGUGAUGUAGAAUAUACAACCACAUGAGCCAGGUGUGCCAGAUACAGUAUCUUAAGAUGUUCAAUUAUUCACAGAAUUGUGGUAAGAAUGUGCCCAAAAAGCUGUCUGAAUCGCUGAUUUCUUAAGACGUUAUGAUCAAUGAUAGCAAUGUUUCAUCUUGAAAGAUGUAAAAUGCAUACAGUCAUUCUGAAAAUAUUCAGACCCCUUGACUUUUUUAUAAUUUAUAAAAUAAAACGGAAAUAUCACUUUUAUAUAAGUAUUCAGACCCUUUACUCAGUACUUUGUUGAAGCACCUUUGGCAGCGAUUACAGCCUCGAGUCUUCUUGGGUAUAACGCUACAAACUUGGCACACCUGUAUUUGGGGAGUUUCUCCCAUUCUUCUCUGCAGAUCCUCUCAAGUGACCAUCGGGUUCUUGGUCACCUCCCUGACCAGGCCCUUCUCCCCCGAUUGCUCAGUUUGGCCAGGUGGCCAGCUCUAGAGUCUUGGUGGUUCCAAACUUCUUCCAUUUAAGAAUGUUGGAGGCCACUGUGUUCUUCGGGACCUUCAAUGCGGCAGAUUUUUUUUUGUUACCCUUCCCCAGAUCUGUGCCUCGACACAAUCCUGUCUCGGAGCUCAACGGACAAUUCCUUCAACCUCAUGGCUUGGUUUUUGCUAUGACAUGCACUGUCAACUGAGGGACCUUAUAUAGACAGGUGUAUGCCUUUCCAAAUCAUGUCCAAUCAAUUGAAUUUAUCACAGGUGUUCUCCAAUCAAGUUGUAGAAACAUCUCAAGGAUGAUCAAUGGAAACAGGAUGCACCUGAGCUCAAUUUCGAGUCUCAUAGCAAAGGGUCUGAAUACUUAUGUAAAUAAGGUAUUUCUGUUUUUUAUCUGCAAACAUUUCUAAAAAUCUCUUUUCACUAUUUCAUUAUGGGGUAUUUCAUCACUUUUAGAAAAAGGCUGUAACGUAACAAAAUAUUAUUUUUGCUCAGAGAACUUGGGGGGCCAAAUAAAAUCAUCGCCGGCCGCCAAUUGGGGAACCCGGUGCUAGUAGCUGUUUAUGAGGACUAACCUGCCCCGGACAUUCCAUUACAAUGUAGUAAAACCCAAUGUUGGGCCUGUUGAGGCCAAUUAUGUAAGGGAUAAUCAACGAGAGGCUUUGCGUUCUCUGGAAAAUAAUGAACGACGUGGAAGGCCCUUUUAUACCAUGGCUAUAAUUUAACACAUUUUGCGCUAGAAAUUUGUUAAUUUGCCGGUAGAAAUGUGUUCAACAUCUGCGGAAGUAGGUAGCUAGUUUAGUAGAUAGCUACAGUAGUUGCUGUGAUAAACAAACAGACUUGCUAGUUUAGCUAACCAAACUAUAGCUGUGUUUAAAUACCCAUACUAACAUACUGUAUACUAAAUACUUAAUAAGUAUAUACUACAUACUAUAUACUAUUAGUUCAUUUUAGUAUACUGUAAACGAACGGCAUCCUUUCAGUUGAGUGUACUAGUGCUUCGCCUGUCUACUGGAAUUUGAUGCUGUUGCAAUGCAACUUCUUGCUAGCUUGUUAGCAUAACAAAUUACUAGCUAGACAUCUUACGACUUCAUUAACAAUGUCCAUUGAGAACGGCAACAUAACAUGUAACGUAACUUCUUUGAAAAGUCAUAACUUUUGUUUUUCUUAACAUUUGUCGUAAUUAGUUAAAGCAAUGAAUUUGUAUCUGCUCUCGGACUUUGACUGCAUAUUCCGCCAUUUGAAAAUGUUGUGAAGCCACGCCUAUUUUCUGGAGAAUUGCAUUAUGGCCGAAUGUAGUACGACAUCCGGGAACUACAGUUGAAGUCGGAAGUUUACAUACACUUAGGUUGGAGUCAUUAAAACUUGUUUUUCAACCACUCCACAAAUGUAUUGUUAACAAACUAUAAUUUUGGCAAGUAAUUUUUCCAAUAAUUGUUUACAGACAGAUUAUUUCACUUAUAUUUCACUGUAUCACAAUUCCAGUGGGUCAGAAGUUUACAUACACUAAGUUGACUGUGCCUUUUAAACAACUUGGAAAAUUCCAGAAAUUCAUGGCUUUAGAAGCUUCUGAUACGCUAAUUGACAUAAUUUGAGUCAAUUGGAGGUGUACCUGUGGAUGUAUUUCAAGGCCCACUGGUCCGGUGUGCCACUGGCAAAUUCACCUGAAUGUCGUGCCCUGCUGUGUGCAGUGAAGGUAGUCUACCACUUUGUGUAGCCAUUAGCAAUGUUAAUAAUGGCCUAACCGUUUUCGGGUAGAUGGAAAGGCAAUUAAAAGGUAACUACAAAGUAGCGUAUGCCUACCUGGCAGAAUGAUUAUUUGCAUCAAUCCAGUGUCCAUUUGCACUAUAGAAACACACUAGCCAAACACAACUGUCUGGCGCGCACCUGAAUUAAAGGGUGACUACACAAAAAAAAAUCUAAUUUUCUCAGAUUUCAGACCAAAAAAAUUGUCCUCUGAUGUGGUAUAAGCAUUGUUGUGGACUUAGAACAUAAAAUGUUGUUUUUCUAUAUUUAAAAAAUCCUCUCACAUUUCCAUUGGACAAUUCCAUUUCACAUUUCCGGCCGGAUCGCAUGUUUCUCAAAAUACAGCCAGGUACAACUUUUCUAAACUGCGUACAGUGAGUGUACCUUUUGUAUUUGAAAAAUGAUUUCUCGCUUAUAUGAAAGUUAAGUUCCAAAUGUUUCCAAAACCAAAUCGCAAGUGAGCCGUGUUUGCGUUUAGACAGAGCAUUUGGGCAGCGUCGGAGCAUCGGGCCAUUUCACUCACAAGGCUAAAUGGGACAUGGAUUCCACUGUAAAGGAAUGGAAUUGGAGUCAUGAGAAGGGCUAAGAGCACCAUGGUAAACUUAAUGAUUUUGUAAAGGAUAUGAAACGAUAGGCCUACCUGUGAAAAUAGGUCAGAAAUGGAGAUUAAGAGAUGUGCUUCUAAUGAAUAACAAACAUUGUAUUUAAUUAUUUAGGCCUAUAGGCUUUUUUGACACAGACUAGAGCUGGACGAUAUGGACAAAGAUCCAUAUCACGAUAAAUUGACUCAAUUGUCACACUAAUGAGAAAUGUAAUGAUAACUUCAACAUUAGUGUGCACCAGUUACUUGUGUCCUAUGACCCUUAAAGCUACUACUUAAUAUUGUACCAUUUUGUCCAGUUAGCAAUAGCCCAUAUUAGCAGACUUAUUUAAUUUCAAACUUCACAUUCUGUCCUCAGUGGAUAAAACACACCCAGAAUUGGUGACUGAGAGCAGGGUUUAUCUUACACAUGGAGUGAAGAGACCCCUUUAUUGGCACUGUCUGCUUAGGCUAUUUUGUUGAUGUGUGUCAGUGUGCACUGCAAAGCUCCUUCUUUUGCAGCUACAUUUUUUUUGUUGUCCUUCAAAUGCAUUGGAAGUUUGUCAACUUACAACUUCACAUAACAUCACAGUUAUUAACGAUGCGUGUGUUGCGCAGUACUUGCAGUCUUUGUUCCCCACUCCACUGACCAGAAUGUGCUUUCAUCCGCCUCUUGCGUGACAGAUCCCAAAAUGAAGAACACGUCAAUGGACGGGACAGACCCCAGCCAGCUGUUUGACGACACCAGUGCAGCGCCGGGGGUGCAGCCCGCUGGGUUUCCGGGCCAGGGUGUUGGUGCGAUGGGUUACCCUGGCCAGACCCUCCUCUCAGAUCCCAUGUCCAACUUGGCAAUGGCCUACGGGAGCAGCCUGGCCAGCCAGGGCAAAGACUUAGUGGACAAAAAUGUAAGACUCAUGGUAGUGAUGGUAAAUAGUUGUGGUACCAGUUAGUAAGUAGCAACAUGAGUGCCAUUAAGUAGGCCUAAAUCGUCUUGGUUUUGCUCCGUUGAAUCUACAGCUGGAUCGUUUCCUCCCCAUCUCCAAGCUGAAGUAUUACUUUGCUGUGGACACAGUUUACGUGGGCAAGAAACUCGGCCUGCUAGUCUUCCCCUACAUGCACCAGGUACUGCUUACAUGUCACCCUGUGUUACUAUGGUAACCAUCUGGUCACCAUCUGUUGGUAUUGCUUGUGUCCGUGUCCAGACUCAGAGCUACCAAGCUGAUACUGAACUUAUGCCCUAGGAUGACACUCAUUGAUUGGGGAACUAAAGAAGAUGUAUGUUUUGGUUUGUUUUUCAUUAGAACUGGGAAGUGAGCUACCAACAGGACACCCCAGUGGCUCCACGCUUUGAUAUCAACGCUCCUGACUUGUACAUUCCAGGUAACGGAGAUUUGGUCAGGUCUACCACCUUGACUGAACCAAACUAAUAAGACCUGUAACUAGCCUAUUAUUGUUUUUGUAUUGUUUUAACAUGGUUUUAUAUUAUUUUGCAGCAAUGGGUUUUAUCACAUACAUCCUGGUGGCUGGGUUAGCGCUCGGAACACAGAACAGGUAAAGGUGGCCCACUUCCACUCACUUCUUUGGACCUUUCUUCACAGUUUUCUGUAGAAAGAGUAUACUGAAACUUGUAUCUACCCUCCCCCCCCUCUGGCUCUAGGUUUACCCCUGAGAUCCUGGGCAUGCAGGCCAGCUCAGCCCUGGUGUGGCUCAUCAUGGAGGUGCUGGCUGUCCUCCUCAGUCUCUACCUGGUCACAGUCAACACAGACCUCACCACCAUCGACCUUGUGGCCUUCUCCGGAUACAAAUAUGUGGGGUACGGAUGGUCUCUCUCUCGCUCUCUCUGACAUGAUUAGUAUGACAUUGCGUUUUGUGGUUCUGGAUUUCCCUGUCUUUCAACAUUGAUGUCGUCUGAUUUUUAAAAGUUGUAUAGACAUGAUAGCACAUCAACUACUCGGAUGAAUUGUGAAGGAUUCCCUUGUGUGUGCAGGAUGAUUGUAGGGGUUGUGGCAGGGUUACUAUUUGGUCGAACAGGGUAUUACCUAACGCUGCUGUGGUGCUGUAUAUCCAUCUUCGUCUUCAUGGUGAGUAGCAGGAAGAGCUGACUUUAGAAUCGAAUUUACUCCGCCCAAUGUCCCCUGCCAGUGCCUUGACUACUGUACGUAGGUUCACAAGCUUGAUUUUGGCUCCCUCUGUCUUGGUCAUCUCUUCAGAUCCGCACGUUGAGACUAAAGCUCCUGUCUGAGGCAGCAGCCCAAGGCGUGUUGGUCCACGGGGCCAGGAACCAGCUGAGGAUGUACCUGACCAUGUCCAUCGCAGCCGCCCAGCCCAUAUUCAUGUACUGGUUGACCUAUCACCUGGUCAGGUAAGGCCACGAGCUGACCAGGAGUGUUUCAUCUGACAAGACACUACCUCUCUAUGGAAAGAUAAGACUGUCCACUGACCAUCACCGCUCCCCACCAUUCGCUGCAGAGGUGCGGGACACUUGCACGGAUAAAUAAAACCAGACAAAUGGCAUUGUAGAAUUAGCAUUGCCUCACAGCACAAGUGUAACAGUAUUGUUGACCUGUCUUUUGUAUUGUUUUUUUUAUGUAAUUGUCUAAAAAGGAUAAUUGACUGGCUUGUCAUGUUUUGUAUACUGUAUUUAGUUAGUUAAUUAUGUUUUCUAAGCAUUUGUGAACAUAUGGUUGUAUAUUAGCAAUCUAGCUUGGGUCCUCAAUCUCAAAAGCUUUGACUGAGCCAAGGAUGGAAGCACAGUUAAGGCUAAUUUAUAGCCUACGUAAGUAGGAAAUGCAAGAAUGCAAUUAGCUACGCGGAAUGGCUGCCCUGCAGAAUUGCAUUGCAGAAUUUGCAGCCCAAAAUGUGUAACGUGUCACAACUACGCAGGGAAGCCAUUUUGUGUGGCUAAGUGCUUUCUUGCGUUACAUACUUACGUUGACUAAAAG